AUGGAUGUGUUGCCGAACAGUGGCAGAUUACCUGAGGAAGAGGACAGCGGCAACGAGAUUCGAGGCGAUUCAUCCCAGAAUCCAGGAAUAGGUCGAGAGACUAUAACGACUCAAAGCACAAAGUCAGCGCCAGCUCCGGCAGCUACACCGCCGGCGCAAACCAACACCGAUCCCGUUGUUUCCUUCAAGGGUCCUUUUUGGGACAACAGCAACCCUACAGACCGUGUGCUGCCAGAAAGUCAUGAGAAACAGGAAUGGCAAUGGACGGUUGACAACACCAAUCCUGCUGAGGUCAAUUGGAUCGCGUGGCUUUCCAGUCCGGCACUAAACACUCCCAGUUCAACUACUAUAGAAAAGAUAAAUGUGGAAGGCCCAGUAGGCCGGAGGCUAUCUAUGCCCCCAUCUAAAGACCAGACCGUCAUCGUUCAUUACGGAGACUUCCUAGAUACCCUCAAAAGUUCAGGGGAUGGCAGUGGCAGUACGGGGGCUACCGAUUUUAUGCGGCUCCAGGUAGGAUGGAAAAGACGCAAUGGGGAAGAGGGCGUCUCAAACUCUGGCGUUUUCUUCCUGAAGUACUCUGGCCCGGAUACUCCGCUCCCCAAAGACAACACCACGGGCUACGAGGGGUCGGGCACGGUCAACGCCAUAGUCGCCAGCACAAGCACAACUGCCAUUGACUCGGGAGCCACGGAGCAGCCGUCACCUGCAUCUCCUGCAGGCUCAUCUGAAUCUCAUGGCAGUGGUUUGGCAGCCGGGGCCAUCGCAGGUAUAGCUGUGGGCGGUGCUGUUGCCGUUAUUUUGAUAGCCGGCCUGGUAUGGUUCUUGCUUCGCCGACGCCGGAGCCAGAGGGAGCAGCCAUACGAUGACCAGUACAAGACGGCCCCGUUCAUGGAGGACAAGAAUCUGGCUACGGCGCAAGUGGUCGACUCACGUCGAUCCGGGCAUUCUGAAGAAAGCGGUCGACCGGAUUAUCUAGCCCACGGUGCCACAAGCAACCCAGCUGCAGGUCCAUACGGCGGCCAGAACGAACAGUAUCACUCAGCGCAUAGUCACACCGGAAGCUUCGCCAAUCUUCACGACACAGCUCCUGCUACGCGGGGAAUCCAAAACGACAAUCAAAAUACAGAUGCAGAGUACCCGCCACAUCCCAACAUCACGUUGCCUAUACCUUCGCGAAUCCGACACCUGGUGGAACCACAACAUACAGACGCCGAUCUCCGCCGGCUCCUGGCAGAAGAAGAUCUCCUAGACGAGGAAAUUGCCAGAGGGACCUGA